UGUCCCUUUAAAACAUCUGAUGUUGUGUAGGUGGAGCUGCAAUUUCAAAAGCACGAUCACCUUUUUGCUUCAGGUGUACAAGGCAGUCACCCAGUCUAAGGUUCUCCCAGAGAAACAACAGAAGCGGCUGAAGCAGAGCGAUCGCAAAGGCUCGACCUCCUCACAAGAAGAUGCGGCAGUCCUCAAGCAGUCCAAGACAACGGUGGGAUUCCAGUCAGAACGCUCAAAAACAAGCUCAGCGGCCACAUGUUCAAAGCCAGUGACCGGUCCGUCAGCAGCAACACCAGGCAGAGUUGCACAAACACCCGUAUCUGUAGUGAAGAGGGCCGGAGCUGCUGCCUCAGAGGGCAGGAAGGGAAAACUUGGAGCACGGCAAUCCCCCUCCUCCCCCCGUUGCAACAGAGCGGCCCCAGCAGCCCCAGCCCCGGCCUCAACCCCGGCCUCCCCGGCAGCACGAGCCCAGGCCGGCAGCUCCAGGCAGCUUCCCAGCAGCAUGGCCAAGCUGAGGCUGGGCAGCAGCAGCAACCAGGCCACAAGCUAUGGGGAUGCCUUCCACUCAGGAGGAGGAGGAGGAAGGGUUGCCUCGUCCAAAGCCUCAGGGGUCACCACCAGAGCUCAAGCAGCUGCAGCAGCCAAGACCCCAACCAAGACCCCAGUCACAACAACAGGCACUGCAGCCACAAAGAGCACGGCCUCGUCCAUCAAGCCUGCCGCCUCCACCACCCAGAGAAAACUUCCGGCUCGACCAACUCGCACGCUCACUCCUCAAUCAGUUUCACGUUGCUUCAUCGAGUGCAGUGAUUCUCAAACUGUGGGCCCUGAAGGUAUUCCAAGUCUUGAUCAUUUUCUAAAGAUCAAAGUGUGA